AUGGCGGCCUCCAAGACGUCGACUCUGCAAAGGGGUCCUGACCCCAGUUGGGAUUAUUGCGGAGUCAAAUUGACUAUACACAACAUUAUCAUACCUCUCGAGCGUCUUUCUCCCACGCCUUCGCAAUUAGAUAACAUGAGCCCCGACAUGGAAAUAGACUUGCGCAUCGUUGGGUGCGAACUCAUUCAGGACUCUGGAGUGCUUCUGAAGUUGCCGCAGGUGGCAAUGGCUACUGCUCAGGUGCUCUAUCAGCGAUUCUUUUACUCGAAAUCAUUUGUGCGCCAUUUCUAUGAACUAGUCAUAUGUUACCUUCAAGCACUUGGCCAAGAAUCCAAUCCAACGUUCGUGCAGACCGCCUGGAACUAUAUGAACGACAGCUUGCGAACGGAUCUAUUUGUUCGUUACCUGCCGGAGGCGAUCGCUUGUGCUUGCAUAUAUCUGGCCUCUUGCAAGUUAGGGAUUCCGUUACCCAGACAUCCCGCUUGGUGGGAAAUGUUCACUGUGGACGAGGAAUCUGUACGAGAAAUCGCUCUAUGUCUUGUUCGACUGUAUGCUCGCCCAAAAGCAAACAUAGCUGAGUUAGAGGCUGAGUUGGCUAAGCUACGUAAAAGUCAGGUGGAGGCUAAGGAGCGUGAAAUAGAACUUAAAAAAGUACAGAGUUCAGUUACGCCUGACAACGCCUCCGAUCACAGUUCUAUCACAUUGUCGCCGAACGCACUCAUUGUGUCAAAAAAAAACCUCGUUACAACUAAAGGUAGCAGCUCGAGCAUUGUGGGUGAUUCAAACACUUCUGUACCGGAUAUGACUCAAUCCCUACCUCCAAAUUCCAUCUUAGCCAGUGCUUUGGCUACCGCAAAGGCGGUUGCGGCUUCUAUCACUGCAUCCAAGGCGGGCAAUGCUUCGGGCCCGAAGGUGGAUUCCGAGGGGGACGCUAAUUCUGGACCUUCCCACCCAGAUGAAGCGAUGAAGCCGGAUAUCAACGCUCGAGAUCGCGCUGGAGGCCGGCCGAAGCGAGCAAUUGGCAGCAAAUGCCAGCAAAUUACCGUCGGUGGACUAGAGCCCAACACCGUCGCUACGUCUACCCAUGAUCUGUCUCGGGUCACAAAAGCUAAGUCGGGCGGUAUGCACAUAGAAAAGUUCCAAAUGCGAAACCGCUAUGAAGCGGUUGUAGACGCUGAUUGCUCAGCAAUCACUAUAUCACGUGGUUGGGCCAGGUUGGGGGCAAACGGCCCACGUUGUCCUCGUCGUCAGGCAGACCAGCUGCAUAUCCACAUGUAUCACCUGAUCAACUGGAUGAGCGCGACGCCCAUCGGGAAAGAAAGCGAAGAACCAAACACAGAUCCUCCCGUCGGCGCUCUUCGAGGUCUGUCAGCUCGAGUUCCUCUUCCAGUGGUGGUCGAGCGAGCGUGUACACGUCGAGUAACCGUCAUUACCGAAACCUCCGCCAUAAAGUUCCCCAUACGCAUGAUCAAAGCACAUCAGGUUCCGGCACUCCGUCCAGCUCUCCCAGCCCUCCCAAGCGCCAACGGGCUGGUCUUACAGUCCCACCAAACAUACGUCGACAGUCGCCGUCAUCUGUCGAUUCUCACAGUUCUGUAUCUUCAACUGAAAGCCCGCUUGCUCGAGCAAACACCGAAAGAAAGUUCAGCAACCACACCCGGAAGUCUCCCCCGGCCGCUUAUCGGCUAG